AAGCAAAAGACUGCGUGUAUUUUUGAGAGGAGAGUUUCUCACAGCACUUGUUUGGAGGUGAGCGGAGACUCACCUGUCGACAAAGCUUGCUCUUAAUUCACAUUUACACCAAAUCGAUUGGCCUUUUCCCAACAUGACGGACGCGCUUUUACCCAACGGCCUCAAGGAAAAUCGAGGAGACGGCAAGUACUUCAGAAAGGGUUGCAACCCGUUUGCCCAGACCGGACGAAGCAAGCUGCAGAACAAGCGAGCCAGUCUCAACCAGCAGAUCAUCAAGGAGAUGAGGAUGAGAGCAGGAGCCGAGAACCUUCUCAAGGCGACGUCCAACAACAAGGUGAAGGAGAUGGUCUUGCUGGAGCUGAGCUACGUCAACUCCAACCUGCAGCUCCUCAUGGGCCAGCUGGAAGGACUCAACAGCUCCGUGGAGGUCUACCAGAGCAGCCAGGAAACUGCCAACAUCCCGCUCAUUGCAUUGGGUCUCAAGGAAACGAAAGAAGUUGACUUCACACCCUUUAAGGGCUACAUUGCUUCGCAUUACAAUGAAGAUGGAGCAGAUUACGAAGACGAACUCGCCGACCUGAUGGACCUGCGGCAGUCGUGCAGGACACCAAGUCGGAGCGAGGCUGGCGUGGAGCUGCUGGCAAAGUACUUCAACCAUCUUCCGCUGGUGGAAAGUCGAUUCUUCUCACCUACGCAUCACAGUAGCAUAUUCUUCACUUGGUACGACUCCUUCACGGGCGUCCCGGUGUGCCAGCAGAACUUGUCGCUGGAGAAGGCCAGCAUCCUUUUCAACAUGGCUGCCCUCUACUCCCAGAUUGGCACUCGCGGCGACCGGCAGACAUCGGCCGGUCUGAGGGAGGCCAUUUCGGCCUUCCAGAAAGCAGCAGGCGUCCUAAACCACCUUAAGGAGACGUUCACACACACACCUAGCUACGACAUGAGUCCCGCCAUGCUAGCCAUGCUCAUCCGCAUGAUGCUAGCACAGGCGCACGAGUGUCUCUUCGAGCAACUCGCCCUGCCGGGCAUCCGCAACGAGGUUCCGACCCUGCUUAGGAUGGCGCAGGAGGCGGCCAAAGUGUCGGAAGUCUACGACCAAGUCCACCAGUCCAUGAUCCAGACACCGGUGAAAGACAACGUGCCCUUUUUCUGGUCCACUAUGUCUCAAGUGAAGACGAACCACUACCGCUCCAUGGCGCACUACUUUGUGGCCUCUGCCCUGCUGGACCAUCACAUGGGUCCGAGUGACGAUGAAGACCAGCAAGAAAAGAACUUGUCCCAAGUGUAUGAUCACCUUCCAGACGGUUGUUCUCCUCUGGACAUUCUGAAGAAGACAACUGAGCGUGAGCGAGUUGGAAGAGCGCACAUCCGUCGUGCCAUCGCGGGCCAUGAAGAGGCACUCCGGAUCUACUGCUUGUGUCAUCACCUCAACAAGCUGGAGGUGCUGCAGGACAUCUUGAAGGCCAGCCACCAGCGCUCGCUGCACAAAGCCAGUGACAACAAGACAGACGAGGAGUUCGCAGACUACCUGCAAGCGCCCGAUAUUAUCUCAAAAUCUGAGCAACACGCAGAAAUGGAGGUUCCCUCCGCCUUAAAGGUGAAAGUCAGCGACUUUUUCCAGAGGCUGGGUCCUCUGUCGGUGUUCUCUGCCAAGCAGCGUUGGACGGCACCGCGGAAGGUGCGCCUGCGCACAGAGGACAAAGAUCUAGGCUUCACCCUUAAGGGGGACGCACCCGUUCAAGUUGUCUCGCUAGACCCCCUUUGCCCUGCUGCUGCCGAGGGGCUGAAAGAGGGCGACUACAUCGUGGCCGUGGGCGAGGCGGAAUGCAAGUGGAUGGGUGUGGGUGAAGUGAUGAGGCUGCUGAAAGACGUGGACGAAACGGGCGUGGACGUCACAGUGGUCAGCGUGUUGGACGGCAACCCUAGUAUGCCGGCAAAGAGCGCCACCUUCUGCGGCAAUCUGCCCAAAACGUACUCCAUGAUCUGUCUGGCCUACGACGGCGACGACAAGAACGGCAAGUCGCGCAAGAUCAGCAAGAAGUCGUCUUUCCUCAGCUGGGGCCUGAAGAACAAACUGAAGAGCACCAGUACCCUCAGCUUGCCGACCGCCGAACAGUCGUGGAACAAACCCUGCCCGGCCUUCCCCAGCUCCUACAAGGAUGCCGCCUUCAACUGAGUACACAGGCAAUCGAUAUUUAUAGUGUACACACACUCAAGUUAAGACCGACCAUUGAAGAAAUUGUCAUAUAAAAUGAAAUGUUUUAAGCUGCUAUAACCCGUUGUUUAUUUUUAUUUUUAUGUGAUACAGCCUUUAAAGGGAUCUUGAAUUAAGUGCCUGAACCAGCCAGUCAGUUAAGGUGAGCGUCAGAAGAUAAACAAGUAGUCCUGUUGUGUUUGGGAAAUAUCUCAGACAUCAAAAAUCUUGCUUUCCAUCAAAAAAAAUCCCAAAAUAUUCCAGACGAUCGCAAUAACCUUUCUUUUCGUCGUCAGUCAAUAACAAACGACCGAGACACAUUUAAAAAAAUAUUUCAAGUAUUUAAGUUGUAUUCAUUUGAGUAAUCAGAGAAAUGCUUGACCACAUAAAUAAUACAACAUCAUGUAAUGUGAAUGAACGUAAGAGCAGACUGACCACAUCACCUUUAAUCGAACAUUCCACAGAAAGACUGCGGCCAUUUUUGCUGACACUUUUGCAGUGUUGGACUGAUCGCUUUUGUCUACAAAGUAGAUUGUUAUACAUGUUUGAUAAUCAAAUUUAUUAUUUAUAUAAAAAUUUCUUUGCGUUGGGUUCUAUGUCAUUUGUGAAUGGAAGACAUUUUUACACGUUGAAGGAAUGUAUUUUAGUGCCUUUUCUUGUGUGUAUGCUUGUACAUUGUCACAAACAAAAACACAUCCUUAGUGCCAUGUAUUUGUACUCAUCAUGAUGAUUAAGUGUAUUAUCCUGAUGUUUUUGCAUAUACUAUACACCCAAACUAAAAAAGCAUUGCGUUUCUAAAUGAUUUAAUUCAGGGGCUCUUAUGAAUUAUUACCUUCUCCUGUGGUGUAUGUAAAUGCUUCGCUGGAAAUUCUUUGUGUCAUGUGUUGAAUCUUAUCUUAAUAAAACAAAGGGUACAAAAUCA